UCCAUUCAUCAGCAGAGGGGUGGAUCGUCCACCGCCUCCAGAAACUUUGAGCCCAAAAAAGCUCCUGCCGGCUUUUCCCCUGGCAGCAGAGAGGAGGGACGGGGAGUUUGGAGAGCUCAGGCUGUGCUGUGAGGAUCAGGAGAGGGAUGAUGUAAAGAGACGGAGAGGAAGAGAGACGCUCCGGCAGCAACAUCCCCCCCCUCACACCCCUCUCCUAGACCCCCUGUCUGUCUGGCCGACGCUCUCCUCAAUAACACUCCUUCAGUCGAGGCGGUUUUGGGGGAAACAUGUCACAGACCAGGAGGAACACGUACACCCGGACCACCAGCAGCGGCAGCAGCAGGAUGAGCUCGGACGGGGGCGGGCGGCCCGUCAAAGUGGGCUCCCCGGUGGAGGUGAUCGGGAAGGGGCAGCGCGGCACGGUGGCCUACAUCGGCAACACGCUGUUCGCCUCCGGAAAAUGGGUGGGAGUCAUCCUGGACGAGGCCAAGGGCAAGAACGACGGCACCGUGCAGGGCAAGCGCUACUUCACCUGCGAGGAGAAUCGUGGGAUAUUUGUGCGACAAUCACAGAUCCAGCUGUUUGACGAUGGAGCCGACACGACGUCUCCCGAGACGCCGGAGCCCGGCACCGGCAAGGUUCCCAAACGAGAGAUCCUGGAGAUGCCCAAGUCCACUAAACUGCGAGGAGUGAAGCUCAAAAAGACUCCUGCUCCCCGGAAGACCACGGUCAGAAGGCCCAAGCAGCCCAGUCGACCUGUAGGUGGGAAGGGGGCUGCGUCCGGCUCGGCCUCGGCCUCUGCGGGGGAGAUGAGCAGCAGCGAGCCCAGCACGCCGGCCCAGACCCCUCUGGCGGCUCCGGUCAUCCCCACCCUCCACUCCCCUGGAAACCCUCCGGCCCCCGUCCCCAGUAAGGAGGACGUCACUAUGGAAACACAGGAGGAGGAGGCGCUGCGUGUGCAGGUGAAGGACCUGGAGGAGAAGCUGGAGACGCUGAAGAUGAAGCGGACGGAGGACAAGGCCAAGCUGAAGGAGCUGGAGAAGCACAAGAUCCAGCUGGAGCAGCUGCAGGAGUGGAAGACCAAGAUGCAGGAGCAGCAGGCCGAGCUGCAGAAACAGCUCAAGGAGGCAAAGAGGGAGGCGAAAGAAGCCCAGGAGGCGAAGGAGCACUACAUGGAGGAGAUGUCGGACACGGCGGAUGCGAUCGAGAUGGCCACUCUGGAUAAGGAGAUGGCCGAGGAGCGGGCCGAGUCUCUGCAGCUGGAGGUCGACUCCUCCAAGGAGAAAGUGGACGAGCUCACCAUGGACCUGGAGAUCCUGAAGCACGAGAUCGAGGAGAAAGGUUCGGAUGGAGCUGCUUCCAGUUACCAUGUGAAACAGCUGGAAGAGCAGAACGGCCGACUGAAGGAAGCUCUGGUCAGGAUGCGCGACCUGUCGUCCUCAGAGAAGCAGGAACACGUGAAGUUGCAGAAACAGAUGGAGAAGAAGAACGUGGAGCUGGACGCUCUGAGGAGCCAGAAGGAAAAACUGCAGGAGGAGAGGACGGCGGCAGAAAAGACGAUCGACGAGCUCAAAGAACAGGUGGAUGCAGCUUUGGGGGCGGAGGAGAUGGUGGAGAUGCUGACGGAGAGGAACCUGGACCUGGAGGAGAAGGUCAGGGAGCUGAGAGAGACGGUCACUGACCUGGAAGCUAUAAACGAGAUGAACGACGAGCUGCAGGAGAACGCCAGAGAGACGGAGCUGGAGCUGAGGGAGAUGUUGGAUCUGGGAGCCGCGAAAGUCCGAGAGUCGGAGAAACACGUCGAAGCUGCUCAGGAGACGGUCGCCGACUAUCAGCAGACCAUCAAGAAGUACCGCGAGCUCACCUCUCACCUGCAGGAGGUGAACAGAGAGCUGACCAGCCAGCAGGAGGCGUCAGCAGAGCUGCAGCAGCAGCCGGCGCCAGAGAUGUUUGAUUUCAAGAUUAAGUUUGCAGAGACGAAGGCCUACGCCAAGGCCAUUGAGAUGGAGCUGAGGAAGAUGGAGGUGGGUCAGGCCAACAGACACGUUUCUCUUCUGACCUCCUUCAUGCCCGAGUCCUUCCUUCGUCACGGCGGAGACCACGACUGCAUCCUGGUGCUGCUGCUCAUGCCCCGACUCAUCUGCAAGGCCGAGCUGAUCAGCAGACAGGCCCAGGAGAAGUUCGAUCUGAAUGAGAACUGUGUGGAGCGAGCGGGGCUGAAGGGACCCGCCGGGGAGCAGCUGAGCUUCGCUGGCGGGCUGGUGUACUCGCUCUGUCUGCUGCAGGCCACGCUGCACAAAUACGAGCAGGCUCUGGCUCAGUGCAGUGUGGACGUCUAUAAGAAGAUCGGCUCCUUGUACCAGGAGAUGAGCGUCCACGAGCGCUCUCUGGACUUCCUCAUCGACCUGCUGCACAAAGACCAGCUGGACGAGACGGUCAACGUGGAGCCGCUCACCAAGGCCAUCAAAUACUAUCAGCACCUGUACAGCAUCCACCUGGCGGAUCAGAACGAGGACUGCACCAUGCAGCUGGCCGAUCACAUCCGAUUUACCCAGAGUGCAUUGGACUGCAUGGCGGUGGAGGUCGGUCGUCUGCGGGCGUUCCUGCACACGGGUCAGGAGAAGGCCGACCUCGCCGUGCUGCUGAAGGACCUGGAGACGUCCUGCAGCGACAUCCGACAGUUCUGCAAGAAGAUUCGCCGCAGGAUGCCGGGAACCGACGCGCCGGGCAUCCCCGCGGCGCUCGACUUCGGACAACAGGUGUGCGACACCCUCUCAGACUGCAGGAAACACCUGACCUGGGUGGUGGCGGUGCUGCAGGAGGUGGCAGCAGCUGGAGCUCAGAUGAUGUCUCCUCUCGGGGAGCAGGAGGGGCUGGCAGCCGUCAAACUGGAGGAUGUGGCGUUCAAGGCAGGAGAGCAGAUUUAUGGAUCGCAGGGCGCCAACCCCUACGAGUGUCUGCGGCAGUCCUGUGGCAUGGUCAUAGCUACCAUGAACAAGAUGGCCACCGCCAUGCAGGAGGGAGAAUAUGACUCGGAGAGGCCUCAGAACAAGAAUCCUCCACCUGUGGAUCUGCGCGCGGCGGCUCUACGAGCUGAGAUCACCGACGCCGAAGGUCUCGGCAUGAAGCUGGAGGACAGAGAGACGGUCAUCAAAGAGCUGAAGAAGUCCCUGAAGAUCAAGGGCGAGGAGCUGAGCGAGGCGAGCGUCCGCCUCAGUCUGCUGGAGAAGAAGCUGGACAGUUCGUCCAAAGACGCAGACGAGCGCGUUGAAAAGAUCCAGACUCGACUGGACGAGGCGCAGACUCUGCUGAAGAAGAAGGAGAAGGAGUUCGAGGAGACGAUGGACGCUCUGCAGGCCGACAUCGAUCAGCUGGAGUCGGAGAAGGCCGAGCUGAAGCAGCGGAUCAACAGCCAAUCAAAGAUGACGGUCGACGGGCUCAGAGGAACCGGCCCGUCAGGAAUCGCCUCCAUCGUCACAGGAGUCGCAGGAGAGGAACAGAAAGCGAACAUCAUGUCCACCGUCGGUGCAGGUUCAGGUCUGCAGGUGGUCGACUCUCCUCUGAUGAGUCAGCAGAUUGAAGCUCAGAGACUCUGCAUCAAACACCUGAAGAACGACAACAACAGGAUGAAGGCUGAGAAGAUGCGCGCUCAGCUCGCCGCCCUGCCUCCUCUUCACGUGACCAAACUUCCCUCCAGAGACGGAGGUCGUCCUGAAGUGCUCUCCAGCGCCCUCUACCGCAAGACGGACCAGCUCCUGGAGACUCUGCUGCAGAUGAGCGCCAACGUGAAAGUCGUGGAUAUCACCGGGAAAUCUCCAGUGACUCCUGGCGCUCAGCUCCUGGAACAAACGGCUCGAUUACAAUCCCUGAGUGACACUCUGGGCCGACUGAAGGAUGAAGUAGCGCAGCACGUCGUCCACCAACAACCUGGAGCUCGAGUCUCGUCUGAUUUCGCGACGUUCCCUUCGACCUCGUUCGUUAAGGCGAAGGAGGAGAAGCAGGGCGACACGGUGCUGGUGGGCCGGGUCAUGGUGCCGUGUAGCCGCGGCCAGGAGCAGGUCCACCGCCUCGUCCUGUCGCAGUCUCAGCUGCAGAGAGUUCACAGUCUGCUGCGCACCUGAACGCUGCUGCACCUGAACGCUGCUGCACCAACACCUUCAUCAUCAGCCUGCUGACAGAGCACGUCAGACGAUCUGCAGGAAAUUAACUUCAUCUUCUUUCAAAUGCAACAAACCUGAAACAGUCGGGCAGUUUAAUCUCAAGAUCCCCACAUAUCAAUUCAAUGGGCUUUACUGGUGAAUAACAACAUUAGUUUAAUGUGUCUUCACUUAAACAAUGUCGAUCCUGAUCAACAGACCAGAACUCGCUGCCUUGUUUUGGUCUCAGCCAAUUAGAGCUUAAAUUAUUAUUCAAUUAUUCAAUCUGCAGAUAAUUAAAUUGUGAUUAUUUUAAUCAUUUUUCAGGCAAAAAUGCCAAAUUAUUCACUGACUGCUUGUUAAAUGUGAGGAUUUGCUGCUUUAUUUUGUCAUAAGACAGAAAACAAGAAGUGUGAAGAUGUCACGCGGUUCAUUGUGACGAGUACUUUUCAGUUUUUAAACUUUUACAAACGACAAAACGUUAAUGAAAAUAACUCACGACUUAAAUGUUAAAGUAAAACCCACUUAAAACCAGGAGAGCAGCGUUAUGUGUCUGUGAUACGACCUUCCUGUGACACUGACUAUUAUCAGUUAUUGGACUUGUAUUAAAGGCUGUUCUGGACGACAGCCCUGCAGACUGUAACGUACAGACCAUCACAACCACAUCCUCGUGUCACACGAUCCUCGCCACUGCUGCGCUGCAUGCUGCCCGCUGCCCGCUGCACAGAUCCACUGAUUGUUCUUGUUGUAGAAUAUUUCGACCCGUUUGGCCGCGGUGUGGAGCCGGUUUCUACGUCCCACUGUUGAAGCUCCGCAGUAUUAUCGAGGAUCAGGACUGUUGUACACUUUUAAUCAGGCGUCACUAUUGUGUGCUCCAUUUUUAUAACUUUAACUGGCAAAAGGGAAAGAAAAGAUUUAGAACAUUAGAUUUUUGUCCAUUUAGUGGAUAUUUUACUGCGGUUUGAUCAAAGAGACUUUUUGCACAUGAGCGACGGGAGAAACCACAGAAGGAACUUUAGCUAUGAAGUUACUGCAACGAGAGAAAGUGAGGAUGUUGUGGACUGCACGGAGCAAAAGAAAGCUGGUUAACCUCGAGGGAUUUACUGUGUAAAAAGCAGCUAAAACUAGAUGUUCACGUUUAUUUAAACGCUCAGAUGAAGCAUUAUAUGGCUGGAAUUAUCUCGUAUUUAUUACACUUGUUACCGUCUACUUUUACUUGCUCGGUAUAAACGCUGGUUGUUGGUAAAGUUACUGAAUUACAAAAAAGAAAUGCAGAAAUGUGUGCGUCACCUUCUGUUUAGCUGAGACUCCUGUUUCAAACUGUCCGAGCCUUAAAGCUGCAGCGUCGAGCGCCCGCCCGCCCGCCUUAUGUUUGUUUACACCAAACCUUGUUUAACGCAAAACUACAUCUUUGCCAAAGAAUCUUUGUGUCACUACAUCUGCCAUGGCUGAUUUAAAAAAGAAUCUUUUAGUUCAUUAAUCCAUGCUAAUGAUGUGUUCACAUCGUGUUGUCAUAACUUGAAGUUUUAUUUUAUAAUUUCAUUAAUGGGCACAGUGCAUCUACAGACGUUUUAUUUAUUCAACGUGUGAAUCUGCAGCUCGUCUUACCUUCUUCCUCGUGUGGCUUCCUCUUGCACAACCGAUAACCGAUCAAUAAAAGUUAUUAAAGCCAA